CUUCAACUAAAAGGAGAGAACGUUGACAAUUGUUUUUUGCAAGAUCAACUCCUAGGAAAGUUUACAGAAGGAAUACAACGUCACGUGUUACGAACUAAGGAACAGCGGUCACCAAACGACAACUGGGACACCAAUAUGCUUCUCAGCUGUGCGAAAGAAUAUAUCCGGACGGAACUCAAGAUCGUAACCCGAGUUGGGAAAAGGCGAGAGCAGCAGCCGGUACAAGAGCCAGCAGGAGACAGGAGGUAUCCCCGGACAGGGCGGAAAAUCGCCUCAGCUUCGGAACGUCAACACUCCUGCUUCUACUGCGGUAAAGGCGAUCAUGCAGCAAAGGACUGCACCGAAGUGGCUACACGAGAAGAAAGAAUGUCCUUUAUGCGGAAACGAAACCUGUGUCUCAACUGUGGCUCUGCAGAACAUUGGGCAGGGCAAUGCAAAGGAGGAGCAUGCAGAAUAUGUAACAACCACGGCCAUCACACCUCCCUUUGCCAACAACUCCCUUCUGCGACGAAGAAACCAUCUGCAGCUCACGAAUCCAAAAAGCCGCACCAGACAUCGAAUAGAGCCACUCCCAAGCGGCCUGUUCAGAAAUCACUGAAUUCAUCCAAAAUGAACACUGUGGUAUCAGAGCCCCAACCAUCCGAUGAGGUGCCAACCACAGCUGCCUUCGUCAACCUUCAGCGAAGCAUAGCUGACGUCCACAUUCUCGUGGGACAAGCGCACGAUCAAGCUCUGGAAGCUAUUCAUGUACUGCUCGACACUGGGGCCGAUCGCUCAUUCAUCUGUACUGAGCUGGCGGAUCGCUUGCAGUUGCGAGAUAUCAGUUCAACCAAGUUGACUAUCAACACAUUCGGCUCUAAGCAGCCUCUGCAGCAAACAUGCGGAAUAACCCAGGUGCAAAUGUGGGAUUCCUACGGGAAAUCUCACAGAAUAACGGUUACGAAAAUAGGGACUGUCACAGAGCCAAUACUGAGACGCAGCCUCAGCGAAGAGGACAGACGAUUUCUGCGUGACAACAAUAUCCGCCUUUCUAUAAACGCGGAUAUCAUGGAACUCAAACCUCAAGUGCUACUGGGAUGUGCGGACCUGUACGCAUUUCUUGAAGGAGGCUUCGCGAACCAGAAGACGCUGCCUUCGGGACUGACACUCAUUCCUUCGAAACUAGGAUAUCUCGUGUCUGGAUAUGAAACACCUCCAGAAACGCAUCCUAUGGAACAGCCACACUCCGACGCAGAAGUCAAAACGAGCACGACAGGUUCCAUUGAAGAUACACAAACCUGGGAACAGUUCUGCACGACUGCUUACACCGCUCACGCUCCGAGGGAAGCACUUUCUACAGCAGCUUUGGAAACUCGGCUACGAGUGGGACACUCCGCUGUCAGUGGAACACCAGCAAGAAUGGCAGAACAUUGUAGAAGGAGCAGAUGGCUUCGAGAUCGCACUUCCGAGAAAAUUGAACAAUCAUGCUCGGUCACAACAGUUACAAGGUCCUCAUCGGAACUCCUGGAUUGGACUCGACACAAUCAUCUGCCGUCCGUGAAGAGAACUUUGGCGUAUGUACUGCGCUUCAUCCAUCGACUCUCGCUGAAGGUGAAUGCGGAGCUGAGAAAACGACUCGAGGCAAGCAUUCCAGAACUGCGCCGGAUGUCAAGUGAUGCGUACAUAACGGCCGAAGAGAAUGAGAUGGCUCUACGUGUGCUCGUUCGACAUCACCAGCAAUCUUAUUUUACGGAGGAACAGCUGAAGGCAUUGAAACAGCUCAACAUACGACGAGAUGAAUUUGGGAUUAUACGAUGUCAAGGUCGUUUAGGGAAUGCGCACAUGGCCUUCGACACUAAGCACCCGAUGUUAAUUGCUUCUAAGACGGAUUUUGCGAAAGCAGUGGUGAAGGACGCGCAUCUUCCAUACCACUGCAGUCCUGCACAGACGAUCGCCAACGUCAGACAACGCUUUUGGAUUCCGAAAGUACGACAACUGGUAAAACAAGUGUUACGAGUGUGUGUGCCUUGUCAAAGGCUGAACAGCCUUCCGUUCAAGUAUCCGGAGAUGGACGACCUACCAAAGCAACGUGUACAACGAGCU